ACCAAACCCAACCCGCCUUCCCAAUUUCUUCCGGUAGCAUUUGAUUCGCUCGCCGCGCGAGUCGUGUUACCAUGGACUCUCCCGCCAGAGCCAACGAACCCAUGGCUCUCGACAAUAUGCCGCGCUCUCGGUCGCGAACACCUCGCUCACAGCUCUCUCGAUCGCCCUCGCCUCCCAUGGACCGCCGCCGCUCCUACGACGGAGAUGGCAACUUCCGUUCCCCCGCACGCAACGGCAGAUACCGGAGCUGGAGCCGCGGCCGAAGCUUGAGCCGCACGCCCAGUCGCAGUCGAACGCCGAGUCGGAGCCGCACCCGUUCUCGCAGCUACUCGCGCGGUCGGAGUUACAGUCGGGACUUGAGCCGCUCGCGCAGCAGGACUCGUAGCGACAGUCCCCCGCCGAAAUCGACCAAGAUUGUUGUCGAGCGCCUGACCAAGAAUGUCAAUGAGGACCACCUUUGCGAAAUAUUUGGCGAGUAUGGCGAAAUUGAUGAUCUGGAUCUCCCAGUCAACAGGCAAUCCGGCUUGAAUCGCGGCACGGCCUACAUUCUCUACUUCAACGAGGCAGACGCUCAAGCUGCCAUUACGCACAUGCACGAAGCCCAACUUGACGGCAGCACCAUUCACGUGUCGAUCGUUCUUCCGCGCCGCAAAGUCUCGCCUCCUCCACCAGCAGCCCGUCGCGGGCCUCGUGGUCCCCCGGCUAACGUCAGGUCCGUUCUCGGAUCAUCUGGCGGCGGUGGCGCUCCGGGAGGCCGCGGGUGGAGAUCACCAGCCGCCGGUGGCUCGGGUCGGUAUGGUCAUCGUUCGGAUGUCUACCGCCCCAGGUCUGUGUCCCG